UGUUUUUAGUUGCAGUUGAUCACCAAAAGGAAUAGAAUGAAUACAUUGAGCAGUGCGCGAUCUGUGGCGAUUUACGUGGGUCCCGUUCGAUCUUCAAGAUCAGCCUCCGUUUUGGCACAUGAACAAGCUAAAUCUAGUAUAACGGAGGAGCACAAGACCUACGAUGAGAUUCCGCGGCCCAACAAAUUCAAAUUUAUGAGGGCUUUCAUGCCCGGUGGUGAAUUCCAAAAUGCAUCGAUUACGGAAUACACCAGUGCCAUGCGAAAGCGCUAUGGAGAUAUCUAUGUAAUGCCCGGAAUGUUUGGCCGCAAGGAUUGGGUCACCACUUUCAACACAAAGGACAUUGAGAUGGUAUUCCGCAACGAGGGUAUCUGGCCACGUCGUGAUGGCCUGGAUUCCAUUGUAUAUUUCCGCGAACACGUUCGACCAGAUGUUUACGGUGAGGUUCAAGGAUUGGUGGCUUCACAAAAUGAGGCAUGGGGAAAACUACGAUCAGCCAUUAAUCCCAUCUUUAUGCAACCCAGGGGCUUGAGAAUGUAUUAUGAACCAUUGUCUAAUAUCAAUAAUGAGUUUAUAGAGCGCAUUAAGGAAAUCCGCGAUCCAAAAACUCUAGAAGUCCCCGAAGAUUUUACGGAUGAAAUAAGCCGGCUUGUUUUCGAGUCACUCGGCCUGGUGGCUUUCGAUCGGCAAAUGGGUCUGAUUAGAAAAAACCGCGAUAAUUCCGAUGCAUUGACCCUCUUCCAGACCUCGAGGGAUAUUUUCCGUCUCACAUUUAAGCUAGACAUUCAGCCCUCCAUGUGGAAGAUCAUAUCGACGCCCACCUACAGGAAAAUGAAGCGAACUCUCAAUGACAGUUUGAAUGUGGCCCAGAAAAUGCUGAAGGAAAAUCAGGAUGCACUGGAAAAGCGCCGCCAGGCUGGCGAAAAAAUAAAUAGUAACAGUAUGCUGGAGAGAUUAAUGGAGAUCGAUCCCAAGGUGGCGGUGAUUAUGAGUCUGGACAUCCUAUUCGCUGGUGUGGAUGCCACAGCCACGCUUCUGUCGGCUGUUUUACUCUGCCUCUCAAAGCAUCCGGAUAAGCAGGCCAAACUGCGGGAGGAGCUCUUGAGCAUCAUGCCCACAAAGGAUUCCCUACUCAACGAGGAGAACAUGAAGGAUAUGCCAUAUUUGAGGGCUGUGAUCAAGGAGACACUGCGAUACUAUCCCAAUGGCUUGGGAACCAUGAGAACCUGCCAAAAUGAUGUGAUACUUUCGGGUUACCGGGUGCCCAAGGGAACGACUGUCCUGCUCGGCUCAAAUGUGCUGAUGAAGGAAGCUACAUAUUAUCCACGACCAGAUGAAUUUCUGCCGGAGCGCUGGUUAAGGGAUCCGGAGACCGGAAAGAAGAUGCAGGUCAGCCCCUUCACGUUCCUUCCCUUUGGCUUUGGACCCCGCAUGUGCAUUGGCAAACGGGUGGUGGAUCUGGAAAUGGAGACCACAGUGGCCAAGUUGAUUCGCAAUUUCCAUGUGGAGUUCAAUCGGGAUGCCAGCCGUCCAUUCAAGACCAUGUUCGUCAUGGAACCGGCCAUUACGUUCCCCUUCAAAUUCACGGAUAUCGAACAAUAAUUUGCUUCUCAUUUGUGGCCUUUACUUGUGUUCCUUAUAGUUGCGAUUUUUGAUUACAGUAAAUGUUUGACUGAUGAAAUGCAGAUAAGAAUUUUGCCUCCUCCUAUUUCGCAUUGUUGUGCAAACCUCGCUGUUUUGAUAAGCAAAAUGUUUAAUACGUUUGAUAAGAUUGCGCUUUGUUGUGGCAUCCCUAUCGCUUUUUUUCGUAUCAAUUUGUUUUUUUCAACACAAUUGCGAGGUGUGCUUUUCUUAUAUUUUUAGGUAACAAAGAAGAGACUAUUGUAGGUUGUUAUUUUUCUUGUUUUUCCCCCACACUUUGUAUAUUUAGGUGGUGGGUAGCGCUCACCAAAGACACUUUCAGCUGGAGCUUGCAGCUUGGCAGGCAGGUGAGAACGGGCUGCCGAGAGGAUGUCCUUUGCCGCGCCACAAAUACUUCUAACGGCAACAGCAAAAUCAGGAGCAGCACCCAACAUCAGGAGAGUAGCAAAGCGGCAAAAGCAGCAACAACAGACAUAUUCGCCUGCGGCCUGCGGAGUUAUGCUAACUGGCACUCAAAGCAAAGCGCGGCCAAAAGCUCAGGUGGUUUGCCCUGUGCCACCUGCCACCUGCCACCUGCCCCCCUGGUCUUGUUCUUGUUUUUGCUGUUGCUGUGCCUGCCACUUGGCACUGGCAGCUUGUAACAAUAAUUUAAGCGAUUUUGCGCUUUUUGCGAGUGGGUUAAUGGCAUGCUCAGGAUCUAGGAAACGGGAAGUGGGAACUGUGAGCUGGGAGCCUGCAAGCGGGUAUCCUUUGGCGUGGCGAAAAUUCCACUUUUGUAGCAAACGCACAUAGCUUAUGAAUUCCGCAAUCCCCGAUGCGGUGCAGCAGCAAAAUGGUAGGGAUGAUGGACCGUGGGUCCUGGUCCAGUACAAAGUAAAAAUGCAGAACAUGUGUUUUUUCGGGGUGGCUGGAUAACCUGGCUUAUAGCAGCCAUGGCCAGGGAUCAGCUAUAUACAUAUACAUAUGGUCAUGUACAUCUCUUUGUGUCUGCUGUAUAUUAAAAUUCAAUUUUAAAACCGGCCACGCACAACCGGGCGUAUGCGUAAUGCGGCAUGCAAUCAUUUGCGUGCGCCUUCGCUUGGAAAUUCCUUUGCCAUAACUAAUCUCGAAGGCCAACCAAGACUAAGGCCAACCUAAGACUAAGGACCAGUCCUGACGUUUCAUAUUUCUAGCUCACCGCCCUGCCACCCAAGCUCAACCCGUUCCUUUGCCGCUCGUCUUUUAUUUUAUUUAAUCUUUUUUCUUUUUUUUUUUUUGUGAAAAAUUUCAUACUCAUCAAGUUGACAAAGAAAAAGUUUUUCAUUAUUACAUUUCGCUGUCAUUUGGGCGCAGAAAUAGCUUGGAAAAGUUCUCGGAGUCCCGCUUUUCCUUCGCCGGCUGCCGGUUGAAACUCGAGUGCAGCGCGUAAAUGAGUCACUCCCAUUUUGAGUCGCCCGCCCGCAGCAGUCGGCGCUCAUCAUCAGAUUUCCAAAAGGAUAAUGGUUUGGGUUGUGCUGGGCUGGGUUGGAUUUGGUUAGGUUGUGGGGUGGUGGGGGGCAGUGGGAAAGGCACGGGCCCAUUGCGUAGCUUGACGUAAUUUUCUUGGCCUGCCUGACGAGUCGCAUCCUUGCACAUUAAUCCAUUGGUGUGCCUGGAUCUCGGUAGUCGGAACCCCGGAACCCGGAACCCAGAGCUCGGAUCUUGGUCCUUGCUGCACGCAAAUGAGGGUAUGGUCAAAUCACUCACUGUCAGCCCGUGUCCCAAGGAAUGCGUUCAGCAUGUCCUUUAAUUUUUUCUCCCUCUAAGACCAGUUUCAUUCCCCUUUUCUGCACUUUGACAAAAAGCUGAGUCCUUAGCUUGCAUAAGCAAAAUGAAUGAACCUAUUUUUAAGUCAUAUACUUUUGAAAAGAUACAAAAUGGCCUUUGUUUAAUUGAAUAAAUUUUUUUUGAAACUUUGAAUGACAUUAUAUAUUUUUAUUUAGUUGUUUUAAGCAAUAAUAAAUUUGCACAAAUUAUUAUUUAAAUAUGUUUGAAUAGUUUAAAAACUUAAUGAUUUUUCAGUUUUUUCUUAUUAGUAGGUCUUUAAAUUUCUUUUGAGUCUCCUCAACAUCAUUCCAUUGAUUAGCAAUUCGGAUGACACUUUUCUUAUUGUGCAGGCACUAGCAUUUUCUAUAACUUGACGUUUGCCCGCCUUGUCGUUGCCCGUCCAUUUUCCAUUUCCCAUUUUCCGUUCGGCCAGCCCAUCCCCACUCCCCCUGGCUUCUUUGUCCGGCUUGUACUUGUGUUGCCUCGCUUGCCGCUUUGCUGCCUGUCAGCGCGCAGCUUAAGAUAAAAACUUUCCUUUCCACCCAAAAAAGGGGCCAAGGCGGCAACACCGGCCAGAAAAGGCUGAAAAAAAAGCAGGCAGAAUGGCCUGCGAAAGGGUUGACUCUGACAUUUAGCUUUCGCAUAUUUGCACACACCCCGCGUCCCCAUCCACCGACAGUAUAUUUUAUAGACUAAGGCGAAGACAUGACAAAUGCUCAAAUAGAAAUUCUUCAACAAGAUUCUUGGCCGAAACUUAAGUUCAUUUUUUGGUCGUGCACAUCGCAUGGGGGCUUUUGUAAGGGCCUCACCAGAAAGAAUUCAAAUUAAAAUGCGAUUGCUCUGGGGCUCACUCGAUUUUCGUGUGUUUUCUGACACGGCCUGUCGAUGGUUUUUGCAUUUGUCUGCAAGGCUGAAUUUAAUACAGGACACUCUGCGCUUUCCGAAUCACGAAUUGGCUUCAAAUUCAAUCGAUUGGUGGGGCAUUCAAAUAUUAACAAAAAUAGAAAAAAGGGUGUGCUUUUUGUAACAAUUUGAAAAUACUUUUAUUUACUUAGG